AUGUCGGCGGCGAAACCUUUACAGCCACCGUCUUCCACCUCCGUAUGCACUCUGCAAGGUUCGUUCCUCACUCUCGCAAUCGUAACCAUAGUCUCUUUCACAUCACUCUCCCUCAGAUACCUCCAUUCCCCUGCUCUCCAAUCCAGCUCGCCUCCUCAGACUUUCUUGCCUAUUAAUACUUCUCAGGUGGUUAGAGAGAAUAAUGUGGAGGAGGAGUUACCGGAUGUGUAUCAUUCGCUGGAGAUAUUUAGGCUGACUUAUGCGGACAUGGUGACGAGAUUCAAAGUUUAUAUCUACCCAGAUGGUGAUCCAAAUACGUUCUAUCAGACGCCGAGGAAGCUUACGGGAAAGUAUGCGAGCGAGGGAUAUUUCUUUCAGAAUAUCAGAGAGAGUAAGUUCCGCACGGAUGAUCCGGAUCAGGCUGACCUCUUUUUCAUUCCGAUCUCUUGCCAUAAGAUGAGAGGGAAGCGCCCAGUAAUAGUGAUUAGUAAAAUCAUGAUGUUGGUGAAUCCACCAUGGUGA